AUGAACAGUGAAGAGAAGAUGCGUGGCUUUCUAACGAAGGCCCAGACGCUCAAGGCCAGCGGCAACUACAAGGACGCGGUGACGGCGCUGCAGUCGCUCUCCGAGCAUGGCGUGCAGUGGGGGCCGGUGUACAUCGCCGCCCUCGAUCUCCUCGCCGAGCUCUGCUUCAGCCAGGAGCGUGACGUCAUGGUCGACCGCUUCUUCCCUGCAUUCCGCUGGAACCGCAACAAGCUGCGCGGCUCGCAGCACCUUGUGGAGGGGACGCGGCGUAUUGUCGACAUCACGUUCAAGCACCUGCGUGCGAUGGGCGAGCGGGCGCGCGUGAACGCCGCGGCGACGGAGGCGGCGCCGGGCGAGGAGGAACUCAUCCUCGCCGCGCUCUCCGGCGUGUCGCCAGCGCAGCGAGCACGGGAGCGGUACCUCAUUCCCGCUGAGAGUAUUGCCCAGAUGGUGGGGAGCGAACUGCUUAAUUUCAAUGUGAUUGGGCACUCGAAGAGGCUUCUGCCCAUCUACCUUGACACGGCAACCGAGCUGAUUGCGUACUGCCAAGAGCACAACCUUAAGCGGGCCAUUGGGCGCGUGGCCGAGGCUUUCGUGCGCUUCUUCAAGCGGUUCCUGCUCAACCCCAUCACUCCCGUGACGAAGGUCGAAAGUCAGCACCUCAUCGCCUUGAACAAGGAGUUGGAGGCGGAUCGUGAGGAUUUCUACAAGGAAAAGGCGACGACAGAGCGGGCUGUGCAGGUGUUCUGUCAGCUGCUGCGCGCGCUGACCACAAUGAAUAACUGGCAGAGCACAUGGUCAGCAUUGCAGUGCUUUACGAGGGUGAUGCAGGAGAUUACGCAGCGCCCUGAUCCAUCUCGGGAGUGCCAGAUCAACGCACACUCCGCCAUGGCUGCCGUUUUUUGGAAGUGCUCACACUACGCUUUCCACGCUCACUGCUUAGGACUCGCCGCCUUUCUGACCGAAAAAGAGGACCGUGUGGCUGCGGCCUCCAAGGCUGUCUUGGCGACACUCUGUGUGCCGGAUAUAAACAGGGAGCGAAAGAGCUUUGCUCGUGGAUCUGAUUCAUUGUUUGAGAAGAAUGCACGGAUUGCGCAGCUUUUUGGCCUUCAGGCCGCCCCGGGAGGCAUUUCUCUCUGGCAGCGACUCCAAAGAAUGCAGGUUCUGCAAAACGCGUCCCCAGAAGUGCAGGCGCUGGAUGAACUGCUGCGGAACAAGCUAGUCGAUGAAGAUGUCGCUAAGAAGGCCAUUGCGCAGCUGGCUAUUGGUGUGCAGAACGAGCCAAGCCUUGAAAUUUAUCAAGAGCCUCUGCGAAAAGUUAUCAUUCAGCGGUAUUUGGAAUGUAUGGCUGCCAAAACGACUCGCGUGGACGCGGCAUCGCUGCAGAUAGGUGCGAACCAAGCAUGGGAGAAGGCCUACAUCUUUGAGAUCGAGCCAUUUAUCCUGAAUGAGUCUGGAAUCCCCGUAGAAAUCGACCACAAGACGAAUUCCAUGUCGUUCAGCGGCACGACCAAGACGAAGGUGCUGCAGGCGUUCGACGCUCUCGCGGAGCAUGUCGAUCUCCAGCCGGCUGCGCCGCGCCGGCGCGUUGAUAUUCGCCCGGAACACCUCCAGCGUGCCCACGACCGAAGCAGCAUUCUCCACCGGCUGCAGUAUAACUGCGAGGAGAAUGCUGAGGCGCGGCGGCAGAAUGCGAAGGAGAGGGAGGAAGCCGAGCGGGAGAAUGCUAGACUGGAGCGCAUCCAGAAUGAGGAGAAGAAAAAGGAGGCGGCGCGUUUGGCGCAGGAGGCUCGUGGACUGGCGGAGUACCAGGAUUUCAUUAACCAGGGACGACGUAAGAUGGUGCUGCGCCGACUGAGGGAGAAGUACAAGGGCUUCAACCCCCCAGAUAUUCUUGCGCAGCAGAACUCGACGGACUUUGUGCAGGAGGUGACAACGCUCUUGACGGAGCACCUAAAGAAGACAACACAGGAAAAGAUGGCUGAUGUAACGAAGAUGAACCACUUUGAGCGAGCCUGCCGAGAGCUGGAGAUACCUAAGCGGAAGGCCAUUGAGCUGGCAGAGGCUGAGCAGCACAAGGCCGAGCGAGCAGCGGCGCGGGAGAACUUCCUUAUACAACACCGCAAAGAGUUUGAUAAGCGUCAACAGGACAAUGAGAUACUGAAGAAGUUCCUCAAGGAGGCUGAAGUAUUUGCAGAGCAGACGCAAACAAAGGGUAAGGCGUCCAAACGCGAUGAGCAACAGAUGCUGCUGCAACAGGAGAAGGAACGCCUGCAGAGGUUGUAG